AUGCCUUACAUAAUCGUUUUCAUCGCCAACAUCAUCGCCAACAUUAUCGCCAAAAGCAUCGCCAAAACGGCUGAAACCUCUCACGAAGGCUCUGUAGCCUUGCAUCUACUCGCUCCGCAUGUGCCAUUGCAGCCUGCACCUCCGCUUGAGCCUCUGCGGCGGCGGCCCGCGCAGCUCGUCCAAAACGAGUCCUCCGAGCACGCGGUGUACGGGCCGUCGAUGUACGGGAGGUCCGUGUACGCCGCCGGUGCCGUGGUGCACCGCUCUCCGCCUCCGCCCAAGCCGCCCUCUCCUCCUCAUCCGCCUCCUCCUGCUCCUGCCAUGCCACCUGUGUUAAAUACCGCUCCGUUAUUUCAUCCUGGGUUACCACCGCGAUAUCGGGAAAAGGCUCUACCGCUGCGUGAGCCGCUGCCUCCGCUCGCGCCACCGUCUCUGCCUCGGCGGCGGUAA